AUGCUGCCGGUAUGCUGGGGGAACAGUGCGGGGGUGGUGGGGUUGGGGGGAGAGUCGAGGGAGAGUGGGUUAGGAAGAGGCCAUGAGGAUAGGGUAGCCAAGAGAUGGGCAAAGCUGCUGGUAAGAGUGGGUGUGGGGGGGAGGGCAUCAUGUGCACACGCACACCAGCAGCCUGCAAUGCCCCUUCCUCCCUCUCUUCCUUUCACCGCUGUCUCCCUUCCUGUGUGCCCUACUGUGUUGGACCAGGCGGAGCAGACGUUGGUGUACAGCCUGGUGUUUGAGGAGGGCGUGGUGAACGGUGCCACGUCCUUUGUGCUCUUCCGUGCCGUACAGCUGCUCGUCCUCUAG